AAUAUUUAUUUUGGUAAUUUUUGUUGAUAACUUUGUAUUUUGUAACUUUAUCAAGCAACUAUCUCGGAUUCGUAUUCUUUUCUCUCUUAAUUUUUAAUUUUAUUUACGUAGGUAACAUAUAUGAAGAGGACCCAUUAUUGAUUUAUUUAAACUUUACAAGCUUAUCAAGUUUACCUGUUUGAGGCUUUCCAUAAUAUAAAUUUUUAACAUGGAUGCCUGAAAACUAGAAAGCAAGUAAGUCUCAAUCAGUUAAAUGAACUUCUGGAAUUUAUGAAAUGUCAUCCAGACUUGGCUAGAGGAUUAACAAGAGGUCGCCGUGGGAAAUUGCAUUCAGUAAAAUCUUGGAAUUCGUGUGCUAAAAAACUAAAUGCUUUAGAAGAUGGAACUACAAAAGAUGCCAAGGGUUGGUCCAAGUAUUGGUGUGACUGGAAAUACAGAGUUAGAAGACGAGCACUAGAAUUGAGUGUCGCUAAUGAGAACAACAGAAAGCCACCGGAUGGCAUGAUACCUUUGUCUCGAUUAGAGGAAGGUGUAUUGAGCGUCAUAGGAGACAACGCCAUCGAUGGAGUUGUCAUCAAAACAGAUCCUUUGGCUAAUGAUCAAGAAGAAGAGGACACAGAUUUUAAUAUGAGCAAUGGGAACACUGCAACGUUCACUGAUGAUAUAGUUCCCGUGUUAUUUUUCGAUUGGUGUUUACCAAAGACUUUUCGUUUAACUGUGCCACAUUAAGAUCGACACGAAGCCGGAAGCGACGAUAUUCCUCUAGAGAUGUGUCAGAGGUCGAUGCGUCAGAGCGAGAUGGCUGUGAACUAAGCAUUUCACGCGAGUCCAAAUCCAAGGAUGAUUGCAACGAACGCAUUAGUGAUAUUAGAGGCCAUGAUGAUGACGCGGCAGAAUUUUUACGUUUGGAAAAAGAAAAGAUAAAAAAUUCGAACAGUAUUCGAGAAUCCGUACAAACGAUAGCGUCACAAAUAACAAGAAUGGCGGACAUCAUGAGCACUAUGAGAGACUUUUUACUCAACACCAGAACAAGUGUUUAAGUAAACAUUAAAUUCAAUAUAUUAAGAAGUUAAGAUAGCGUGCGUAGUGUUUUGUAUCAUAUUAGUGUAAUAAGAAUCUUGAAUAAACUUUUGUUUGUGACUCUAUUUCAAUAUAUACUGGUACUGUUCAUCAUUAUCUCAUUUAAUUCAAGACUGAUUAUUUUUAUUUAAUUUAUAAAUUACCUAUUGUUGUAUAAGUUAUAUAUUAUAUAUUGUAUUGUAAUUAUGUAUUGUAGUAAUUUAAAAAUUGUCAAUAAAUAUAGACAACCUUUUACU